GUAAAAUUUAAAUAAAUUACAUAGAUGAGUUUGUGGUCGUUAGAAUAACGUCUGAUGUGCUAUAAAUCAUGACGCGGAUUUAAAUUACACAUACCCUGUGAUUGAAGAACAGCUGUUAACGGAAGAUGAAGAAGAGGUCAAGGAAAUUGUUUUUCUGGGUAUAAGGCGAGUCGUUCGUUAUGGCGCGACUAAAAAGUGAUUGUGUUAAGUGGACUCUAGUAUUAGUGUUAACUAUAUUUAGUCCGUAUGUGUAUUCGCGGCCUCAGCUCGAAUCAACAUUAGACGUAGUUCAAAAUGUCACUACGGAAAAAACAGAAGAUCCUAUGAGAAAUUCAACUGAAAUAGUAUUGGAACCAACCAAGCAGAAAGAAAAGCCAGAUAUUAAAACAUUACCAUCCACACCGAACACUUCCAGAGAUGUUAAAAAUAAAAUUCCAGUCAUUGGAGAUUCUAUUAAGAAAGUUGCAACGCAGCUACUUGAUAAGCCUAAUAAAACGAUUGAAGUACCAGUUGUAUCAGAUACUAGAAUACCACCAAAAGUAAAAACUCAAUUUGUCCAAAAAUUGAAAAUUAAAACUAGAAAUGAGGACGCUGACGCAAUUUCUGAAAGCUCACAUACAGGCAUUGCUGUUCCGGUUACAAUGGAAGAAUUGGAGUUGGAAAAUAAAGAGUUACCCAACGAAACAUCUACAACAAAUGAAGGAAUAUCUACUUGGAUUUUGUUAAGCAAUCCUGUUAACAAAGACAAUAAUUCCGUAUCGACGGAGCCAACACAAGCAGAAGAGAUUCAAAAGAAACCGAAACCUACAUUAUCCAAAAACAAAAGUAAGAGACCACAAAAUAAAUCUCCGAUUGCUAAAAGACCCAUUAUUGGUAGUACAAACAAAGCUGACUUGGUAGCUGGUGGCUCGGCUAUUAGCGAAAAUGUAUACAAUAAACUCAAGGACACAGUACUAUCAAAUGUACAAAAGAAUAAAAACACAUCUCCCCGUACAACUACAACCAGUAGCACAACUCCUACACCAUCAACCGAAGCAUUAACUACUAAGGCAACAGUUUCAGUUAUGCCUGUCGUCAAAGUAACUCCAAAGCCAGCGAAAAAAUCUCACAAAAAUAAACAAAAAACAAGUACUACCACUACAACUACUACACUUGCGCCCAUUGUAAGUGAAUCAGCAGUAUUACCAAUGGAAGCUAAAGAACAAGAAAUUGAAUUAGAAAUUAACACACCAGCUACAACAACUAAAAAACCUAAACGAACCUCAAGUAAAAAGAAAACCAAAACAAAGAAGCGUAAAACAUCAAAACCUAAGCCUGAGACCUCGACUGCGGUAUCUUCAGAUGUUAAAACAACCAACAAGACUAAAACGAACAAAAACUCAAAAAAACCAGCUAGCAGUGUCGGUCCAAUUACUUCACAAAUUUACAAUUAUUUCUCGAGGGAAGUAAUACCUUCAGUCGGAGGUGUUAUAGGCUUAGCUGGACUAGUCGGAAUAGCUAGCUACUUUUUAUUUCCUUUUGGAUCUCCAGUUAGAAGAACUAUUGAAGUUGAUAAGAAGGACGAUAUUUAUAGACACAAUGCUGAAGAAUACGCAAGUGAAGGCAAUGGUCAACCUGAAGAAGAAAUGCUUGGCACUGUCCUCGCUGGUAUGCCUAUUCAUUCAAAACAAAAACUUAAUCCAUAUGCCGGUCAAAUGGCUUAUAUAAAUAGGUAUCCCGUUAAAAAAGAUCAAGAUUUAAGAUACCGCCAUGUAGCUCAUAGUUAUGAAACAAAGAAUAAACAAAACAACAAUUACUAUCCUCAACAAAAGACUGGAAUAGCUCAUGGUGCUGUUUAUCCGGAGUCAUUCAAUUACAAUAGAUAUCAAUACGAAACACGACAUAAUACAAAUGCUUAUACGACCGAAAAAAAAUACGACAAAGCCCAGACGUACAGCCCUUAUCCAGCGGUUGAGCCAAUUUAUGCGGCACCUGAAGUUGAAACUACUGGUGUAUCAUCAUUUGGAAAUGAUGCAUCAAGUGCUGUUGUUUAUGGGGUGAAACCAUCUGGAGACUCAGACUUUAAACCUGUUUAUCCUUAUGAAACACAAUUUUAUGGUGAGACCACGAGUAAUCCUAAUAUUAUGACAUAUCCCCCUACAUCUAUGUACUUAGGUUCCAACAAUGAAGCUGAAGAAACAAAUAAUAGCAAAUAUUCUGAUGAAAAGAGUGCUGAUGAUGAUGAUGAAUCAACAGAUGGGAAAUUUGUCGUUGGAAAUGUACCAAAAGAGCUAACAGAAACGGCAACACCUAUUGUAGUACCCGAACACGGUCCCAGAAAUUUAAAUAGGAAAAGAAGAAAUUCUCGUAGUAAGCGGAGUAUAGUGGGAUCAAUUGAAGAUAUAAUAAAGGCUGCUAGAGAAAAUAAAGAAAACGAAAUUUUCAUAAGUAAUGAAAUUGACGAUGGACUUGAGGCUCCUGUAAGACGACCCUCUCUAAUGGAAAUAAUGCAAUUGAAAAACGAGGAAACAACACCAGAAAACAAAGAAGUAUUUACUGUAUAUGCCGUAUCAGUUGAUCCCGCUAAAGAAUUUCCACAAACUGAAGAGCCUAGCACAUUAAAAAAUCAAGUAAUUGAAAGCGUUUCCACUUUACCCGUUGACGAUAAAAAAGACAAAACAGCUGAAACUGAAAUGUCCAAUGAACUGGACGUUACAACGGAAACUUUUAAAGUAUAUGAGGUAUUUCCUACCAGUAAGUCCCAAGUCCCUGACAAAAGCAGUCCUUUGAUAAGCGAUAAUAAUAAUUCUAAAACAGAUUCUACAACCCAAUUCAAAAAUAUGAACACAGAAACAACAACUGAAAUACGAUCAGAAACGACUUCCACCAUGCCACCUUCACCUCCACCGGUAUCAGUAACCAGUAAACGACCAAGGCCUUCUUAUGACCCUGAAGUGAUUACAUAUCCACCUUUGUCAAACCCUGGAGGAAAUGGAUUUUUCGAUUUCCUUAAAAGAAUCGUCGAAUUCAAAUAUAGACUUGGAUUAAGCAUUUUACAAAGUACUUCAGAGUCUCUAAAUAGAUAUUUGCGAAGCUUAGAUGGUAGAAGUGUAUAAAGUACACGUUGAAGACAAAACAGAAGAAUUAUUAUGACAAAACAAUAUU